CUUUGUACAGCUACAGGUGGGCCGAUUUCAUUCUAGUAGGCUGUUGUUGCACCUGUACCAGUCUCUGCUCUGGUUCCUCCCUACACACAGGAAGCAGCCUCACACAGAGGUAGCCCGACUCCAGACUACUUUUGUAACAGAUCUUACAGGAUGAACAAUGACUACACAGAGAUUAGUCCCUCGGAUCCCUCUGUCGACGCCUACACCACUCCCCUGAUCGCCGUGAAGGCCGAGAUCGGCUACCAGCACAAGAAGCGUCGUUACGUCCGCAAAGAUGGCAACUGCAAUGUCCUGUUCCGCCAUGUUCCUGAGGAGUGGCUCAUGUACGUCACCGACAUCUUCACUACGCUGGUGGAGAUAAGGUGGAGAGUUAUGUUCCUCAUCUUCACCCUCUCUUACACCCUCUCCUGGCUCUUCUUCGGCAUCCUCUACUGGUUGAUCGCCCUGGCUAACGGCGACAUCAAGGACCCUACUAACCCCCCUUGUAUGUACGAGGUGAGGGACUUCACCGCGGCUUUCCUAUUCUCACUGGAGACCCAGACCACAAUCGGUUAUGGUUUUAGAGGGAUGUCAGAGAACUGCAUGGUGGCGAUCAUCGUCGUAACCGUGCAGGAUGUCAUCAGCUGUUUUAUUGAUACAUUCGUCAUCGGUAUCGCUGUGGCAGAGAUGGCAUCGACACGGAAACUGACGCAAACAGUAGGCUUCAGCAACUGCGCUGUCAUCAACUUGCGAAAUGGGCGUUUGUGCCUGUCAUGGAGGAUCGGAGACUUCCGCCAACACCACAUGGUGGAGGGGAUGGCUCGUGCUCAAAUCUUCCGCCCCACCAUGCACGCCACUGGGAGGGUGGACAUCAACUACAAGGACCUGGAAAUCAAACAGAGUGAUAUCCUUUUAGCCAUACCAACCACCAUCUUCCACAUUAUUGAGCCCGGUACUCCACUCUACCGCAUGAGCCUGGAGGAUCUUCGGAAAGACGACUUUGAGCUGGUGGUGUCCUUCACCUACACAGACGACUCGACGGGCAUCCUGCACCAGACCCGCACCUCCUACACACCCGACGAGAUUCACUGGGGACAUCUGUUCCAAGAUAUGCUGAAUGUAAACCUGAAAUACUACAAGGUAGACUACUCCAUGUUCCACCACACUGCUAAGGUCCUGAUUCCGGAGGUCAGCGCAGAAGAGUACGAUCAAAUUAAGCUUCGGCGUUCCCCGCGCCACUCCCCGCGCCACACCCCGCGCCACUCCCCGCGCCACACUCCGUGCCACUCCCCACACCACUCCCCGUGCACCAAGCGCCCAAGCAUUAAUUGCAAUCCCCCGAUGGUGACUGUGGAACUGGUAAACGGCACCACAGAAGCUGAGGUACAUGCAGCCAUGGCUGCUACUAUCGCAGCAGUUUGCGAGGACCAAGGACAUUUGUGUCUUCCAAGGAACCCCAUUCUGACGUAGAUGUUCUGCUGACAUGGCAAUACCAACACAAUUUCAUUAUAACUGGCCAAUGGUCAUUCAGAAACAUGGCCAUUGCAGUCUGCCUUUACUAUUGUCCAGGCUCUGUAUGCUGAAGUUGCUUUUAAAUACUGAAAAGACAAAGUUGAUUGUUUUCACGAAAUCUAAGAUGAAACCUCAGACUCUUACACGUACAGUCAAUGUGCAGUACAAACUAAUAGAAAGACUAGCAACUAAGAAGUAUUUUGGUUUCUCGAUAGAUGAAUGUCUCACCUUUAAACCCCACAUUGUACGUCUUGUACUUGGAAUUCUUGAUAGAUGAGUGUCUCACCUUUAAGCAUCGUAAGUCUUGUGAAAAAGUUUUUAUUUUCGUAUUAAGUCAUGUUUUUCAUUAGAAGUGAGAAAGAUGCUUGUUUCCACUACUUUCUUACCUGUAAAUGAUUCUGGUGAUAUCCUGUACAUGUAUGCCCCUGUGAUUUCAUUGCAUAUGCAGGACUGGGUACCACGGAGCACUGAAGUUUGUUACUAACUCCAAAGCCCUCACUCAUCACUGUACUCUCUAUAUGAGAGUGGGCUGGUCAUCCUUAGCUCUUCAGAGAUGAUCAUUGGUACGUUUUUAUUUAUAAGGCCGUAUUGAGUCAGCUCUCGUUUGACUCGUGUAACUACAUUGUCCAGCAGACAAAUGAAAACUAUCGCCUGCGCUCACGUGACUGUGCACUUGUGCCUAAGGCCCCGUACAGAGAUAGGUGAAAACACUUUCCAGUUCUCUGCUCCUUCCACUUGGAACAAGCUUCGAAAGGCCCUGAAAUCACAGGAACUCAUCCCUUAAAAUGAGUUAAUUAAUAAUUUAAAGCUCGGUUAAAUUCUAGAAUGGAAUAUGAGUUUAAAGGUUAAAUUCUAGAAUGGAAUAUGAGUUUAAAGGUUAAAUUCUAGAAUGGAAUAUGAGUUUAAAGGUUAAAUUCUAGAAUGGAAUAUGAGUUUAAAGGUUAAAUUCUAGAAUGGAAUAUGAGUUUAAAGGUUAAAUUCUAGAAUGGAAUAUGAGUUUAAAGGUUAAAUUCUAGAAUGGAAUAUGAGUUUAAAGGUUAAAUUCUUGAAUGGAAUAUGAGUUUAAAGCUCUAAACUCUAUGACGUAAAAUGAAGUAGGGGCUGUCAAUGUUUUGACUGCUAGUUUAACCACACUUUCCCAAAACAUCUUGCUGUUCAAUGUGUAAAUUUGUUUUUGUUUAACUGUAGUGCUUUGUGUUUUAUGUUGUAAAUGUGUCUGCAACUGUGUGUGCUGCUAUUUCGGUCUCGUCUCUCCUAAAUAUUGACUGGUUUUCAUAAAGCUGUCCGCUCAAGGGGAAGCUUCUCACAGCAACCAGUGCAUGUAAACUGGUUCAGGUUAUUAAUCAACCUACCAGGGUGUUUAGAAAGACUACAAGAACAAGAUCAUCCACAUGUAUUGAUCUCCUGUUAACUAAUACUGUAGAACUUUGUUCUAAAGCUGUAUCAGCACCCAUUGGAUGCAGUGAUCACAAUAUAGUGGCUUUGUCCAGGAAAACCAAAGUUCCAACAGCUGGGCCUAAAAUAGUACAUAAGAGAUCAUACAAAACAAGUUGCUGUGACGUAUGUGGGUGAUGUAAAACAUAUUUGUUAGUCUGAUGUGAUUAAUAAGGAACAUCCAGACGUUGCACUUGAUGCAUUUAUGAAAUUGCUUCUUCCAAUUUUUUGAUAAACAUGCACCUGUAAAGAAACUGACAGAACUGUUGACUCCAUGGAUUGAUGAGGAACUGAAAAACUGUAUGGUUGAGAGAGAUGGGGGCAAAAGAAGUGGCUGCACAUCUGGCUGGCUACACAUCUGACUGGCUACACAUCUGGCUGGCUACACAUCUGGCUGGCUAGUCAUCUGACUGGCUACACAUCUGACUGGCUACACAUCUGGCUGGCUACACAUCUGACUGGCUACACAUCUGACUGGCUACACAUCUGACUGGCUACACAUCUGACUGGCUACACAUCUGGCUGGCUGAGUUACUGAAAAUUGAGAAAUGAUGUGACUAAACUCAACAAAAAGAAGAAGAAACUGUAUUAUGAAGCCAAGAUCAAUGAUAUAAAGACUGAUGGAAAUGAAAUGAUGGGCAGAAAGACAGAUAAUUUGUACUCCAACAGUGGGCCAUCGUACUCACGCAUAAAGAAACAUGUCAUGAAAGGAAAGCAAUGCAAGUUUGAAUUUUGUAAAGUUAGUGUGGGAGAGGUGGAAAAAUGAUUGUUAUUGAUCAAUGAUUUACCAACCUCCUGGCAUUGACAACUUAGACGGAAAGCUACUGAGAAUGGUAGGUGACUCUAUAGCCACUCCUAUCUGUCAUGUAUUUAAUCUGAGCCUAGAGGAAAGUCUUUGUCCUCAGGCCUGGAGGGAAGCCAAAGUCAUUCCGCUACUGAAGAGUGGUAAAAGCGACCUUUACUGGCGCUGCCAGCUCUUAGCAAACUGUUGGAAAAAAAUUGUGUUUGACCAAGUACAAUGCUAUUUCUUUGUAAACAAAUUAACAAGAUGGGGCAGAGAGGGGCACUCGACAUGCACUGCACUGACACAAAUUACCAAUGAUUGGUUGAAACAAAUUGAUAAUAAGAAGAUUAGAUUUCAGUGCAGCCUUUGAUAUUACUGACUAUAACUUGUUGUUGAGAAAACGUAUGUGCUCUGGCUUUUCAACCUCUGCCUUAUCGUGGGUUCAGAGCUUUCUAUCUAAUAGAACUCAGAGAGUUUCCUUUAAAGGAAGCUUCUCUAAUGUCAAACAUUCAAAGUGUGGUGUACUGCAGGGCAGCUCUCUAGGCCCUCUACUCUUUUCUAUUUUUGUCAGUGACCUGCCACUGGCAUUAAAAUAAGCAUAUGUGUCCAUGUAUGCUGAUGAUUCAACCAUAUACACAUCAGCAACCAUAGCUAAUUAAGUCACUAAAACCCUUAACGAAGAGCUGCAGUCUGUUUUGGAAUGGGUGGCCAGUAAUAAACUGGUCUUAAACUAAGAGCAUUUUAUUUGGUACAAAUCGUUCCAUAAGUUCUAGACCUCAGCUGAAUCUGGUAAUGAAUAAUGUGGCUGUUGAACAAGUUGAUGAGAGUAAAUUCCUUGAGGAGAUGGGGAGAGGUCUGUCCAUAAUAAAAAGAUGCUCUGCUUUUUUGACACCACAUUCCAAAAAGCAAGUCCUGCAGGUUCUAGUUUUGUCUUAUCUUGAUUAUUGUCCAGUUAUGUGGUGGAGGGCUGCCGCUGACCCAGAACAGAGUGGCACAUCUUGUUCUUCAUUGUAAUAAGAGGGAUAAUAUAAAUACUAUACAUGCUCAUCUCUCUUGGCUAAGAGUUGAGGAGAGACUGACUGCAUCAUUUCUUCCUUUUAUAACAAACAUUAAUGUGUUCAAAAUUUCAAAUUGUUUCUAUCGUCAACUUACACAGCUCUGACACACACACUUACUCCACCAGACAUGUCACCAGGGGUCUUUUCACAGUCCCCAAAUCCAAGAAAGCGCACAGUAUUAUAUAAAGCCUUAAUUGCAUGGGACUCCCUUCCAUCUCAUAUUGAUCAAAUAAACAGCAAAAAAACAAACAGAUAAAGCGAUACCUCACGGCACAACGCCUCUCCCCUAUUGGAUCUUCAUAGUUUGUGUGUAUGUAUUGGUAUGUAGGCUACGUGCACCGUUUUCAAAUGGAUGUAGUUCUGUUCUAGAGCUGUUCUUGUCUAUUAUUGUUCUGUAUUAUGUCAUGUUUCAUGGUCUGUGUUGGACUAACUUACCAAUCUAAAAACAACAAAGUCAAUGGGGGCCCAUUGAGAUGGUUAGACUAACAUACCAAUCUAAAAACAACAAAGUCAAUGGGGGUCCAUUGAGAUGGUUAGACUAACAUACCAAUCUAAAAACAACAAAAUCAAUGGGGGCCCAUUGAGAUGGUUAGACUAACAUACCAAUCUAAAAACAACAAAGUCAAUGGGGGUCCAUUGAGAUGGUUAGACUAACAUACCAAUCUAAAAACAACAAAGUCAAUGGGGGUCCAUUGAGAUGGUUAGACUAACAUACCAAUCUAAAAACAACAAAAUCAAUGGGGGCCCAUUGAGAUGGUUAGACUAACAUACCAAUCUAAAAACAACAAAGUCAAUGGGGGUCCAUUGAGAUGGUUAGACUAACAUACCAAUCUAAAAACAACAAAGUCAAUGGGGGUCCAUUGAGAUGGUUAGACUAACAUACCAAUCUAAAAACAACAAAGUCAAUGGGGGUCCAUUGAGAUGGUUAGACUAACAUACCAAUCUAAAAACAACAAAGUCAAUGGGGGCCCAUUGAGAUGGUUAGACUAACUUACCAAUCUAAAAACAACAAAAUCAAUGGGGGUCCAUUGAGAUGGUUAGACUAACUUACCAAUCUAAAAACAACAAAGUCAAUGGGGGUCCAUUGAGAUGGUUAGACUAACUUACCAAUCUAAAAACAACAAAGUCAAUGGGGGUCCAUUGAGAUGGUUAGACUAACUUACCAAUCUAAAAACAACAAAAUCAAUGGGGGCCCAUUGAGAUGGUUAGACUAACUUACCAAUCUAAAAACAACAAAAUCAAUGGGGGCCCAUUGAGAUGGUUAGACUAACUUACCAAUCUAAAAACAACAAAGUCAAUGGGGGUCCAUUGAGAUGGUUAGACUAACUUACCAAUCUAAAAACAACAAAAUCAAUGGGGGCCCAUUGAGAUGGUUAGACUAACAUACCAAUCUAAAAACAACAAAAUCAAUGGGGGCCCAUUGAGAUGGUUAGACUAACUUACCAAUCUAAAAACAACAAAAUCAAUGGGGGCCCAUUGAGAUGGUUAGACUAACAUACCAAUCUAAAAACAACAAAAUCAAUGGGGGUCCAUUGAGAUGGUUAGACUAACAUACCAAUCUAAAAACAACAAAAUCAAUGGGGGCCCAUUGAGAUGGUUAGACUAACUUACCAAUC